AUGGUUCCAACUGUUGGUGAUAUCUACAAGAACUGCGAGAUCAAAUCAGUAGCUCCAUAUGGAGUUUUCGUUGAGAUAGCCCCUGGACGUGAGGGACUUUGCCACAUUAGCGAACUGAGCUCAAACUGGCUGCCGAAGGCAGAAGAUGUAAGCAGUGCCAUUGCUUUCAAAGUUGGAGACCGUGUUGAUGUUAAACUAAUUGAGGUAAACGAAAAGGGACAACUUCGCCUUAGUCGAAAAGCAUUACUUCCUGAAACGACUUCAGAGAGCUCCAGUGCAGAGCAGCAGGCAAGUGAUUUAGCUGAAGAGAGUACUGAACAUUCAAAGGAUAAAAUCAGUGCUUCAAAACUUGCAAAUUCCCCAAAAGGUGAUUCAGCGGAGGACAGUCCACUUUCAAAAAGAAGGUUUACAAGAGAUUAA